AUGUCAAAGGUCAUGACCACCAAGGAUCCAUUGAAAUGGAACUUCGACAUAUUACAAGAACUCGUUGAAGGCCCUCUCUUGAAUCCUAAGCGAAUGGAAGAGGCCAUUCGUGUGACAAGAUACAUGCGCAAGCUCAUGGUGUUCUUCCAUCCGUUCAGUCACCGGUUCUCUGACCUACCGAGGACGAAGAACAACAUUCGUUGGGUGCGACUGGCGUGCAUGCUACUCAAUACACUUAUGACCUCUAGCGAGGGUGCACGCUUCCUCUCCGAGGAUGACCUGUUGAGUCAGAUCGUCAAGAGUUUUGCGCAACUUGAUCCUUUUAAUGGUACGCCUACAUCGGAUCCGAUCUUCUCCAAGAAGCGCAUGCAAGAAACGCUCACAUUUGGUUACUUCGAAAUGCUGGGUACUUUGAGCAAACGGAAGGAGGGACUGGAGUUAAUGGAGAAAUUCAAGCUCUUCACAGCUUUCUACCAUCUAAGCGAGCUGAAAAGUCGCGAAGACCUCAUCAAAGCCAUCAUCGAGAAUCUGGACUACAGCAUCGACGGCCACUCGCGUAUCGUGCUGUCAAAAGCAUUGACGUCAAGCUACAAGCACAUCCGCUUGUUUGCGACAAAUCACCUAGGAACACUGAUUCGCGCAAGUCCGGUCGCGAACACUUGGACACUUCGACUUUUGCUCACUCAGUUGUAUGAUCCUGCUCUCGAAGUGCGUGAAGUGGCUGUGCAUUUUUUGGAGGAAGCAUGCGAGGCACCAGACGUUCUGCAAACCGUGGUGGAGAUGCAACCCACGCUAGAUCAUCUUGGCGAGAUAGGCCAUCUGCUGAUGCUCAAAUUCAUGUCGACCCCUAUGGGUUUCCGCUUCUUGCACGCAGCGGAUUACAUCGAUCGUGAAAUGGAUAUCUGGUUCCAUGAGCGAAAUCUACAAUACGUGGUACACGUUGAGGUAUUCCUGUCCAAGGUGUUCAAUUCGAACUCGGCCUAUGAUGAAGACGUCUUGACUCUUGAGAGCGCGGUUCCACCGCACUUCUACGGAGUCAUGGCGAAGACCGAGCUGGGUUAUCAGGUGCUGCAGGAGAAAGGUCAUUUCUCUGAAUUCGCUCAGUUCAUCAGGCAGCAUGGAUUGGAGAGCGAAGAUCCUGAAUUGAUUCUGAAAUUGAAGAGUAUACUGUGGGCUGUGGGCAACAUUGGUGCCACAGAGGGUGGCCUCCCUCUUCUGGAAGAGGAAGAAAUCGUUCCAGCCAUCAUGGACAUCGCGGAACAGUCACUGGUGCUUUCUGUUCGUGGUACCUGUUUCUUUGUCCUUGGAUUGAUUUCAUCAACGCCUCAGGGCGCUGAGGUAUUGGAUGAUCACCAUUGGGGAGCGACGCUAUCACUCUUGGGUAUGCCGACAGGUAUCUGCGUGCCUGUGGACAUCGAUAAGUUCACAGAGGUCCCUUCGUGGGAAUGUGUCUCACACGAAGGCUCUGAUGAAACAUGUCUUGAGGCUCCAACUACUGAGGAGGAGGUCGAGGUGAUGACUGCUAUUCACAACCUCGCUAACACCGUCAUAGCAAACACCGCAUCAAGAACGUUGGCGAAGAUGAAAGCUCGCCCGGAAUAUCGCGACGUCUUCAACUCGCCUACCAUGUUCUAUCGUGCACUUCACACCAUAUCCUCUCAAAAAUAUCGCCUGCAGGUUCGGCGUCACAUUCUGGAUCUAUUCAACCUUGAGCUCGACGUCGAUCUCGCCUUCAACUACUAG